AUGAAACACCGGCCGGGUCAUCCUCGUCUGGCUUUGCCACGGCCGCCACCACCUCCUACGCCAGUGCCGCUGUCUCGCUGCCGUCUGCAGGCCGCUCGCAGCGCCAUCCACGCGGAGGACCUUCGUCGUGCAAAGCCCGUUCGGCCAUACAGUCGCCUCGAUUCAUCAAGUGACCCGAAAAACGGGUGGUCAUCUCCGACUACUGACGAUCACAGAGGAAAUGGACUUUUCCCGCAUUUUGUUGUUGCAGCGCCGCCACCUGGCUCUUGCUGUCGACGUUUGACUGAAGAAGGCGGUGACCCGAAAAUGUUUCGACAAUCCAUCGUCUACAUUUGA